AUGGCGGACAUGUCGAUAAACCAGGACUCGCUCACCGUCGAAGAGGCCAACAAGGUCCGCAUCAGUCUCGGUCUCAAGCCCAUUGGCGCCGACGAUGAUGGAGGCUCGGACGGCGAGCCAGUCGAGGACCGCGACGCCAUCGCCGAGGAGAACUUUGCGCAACGGCGCGCCGACAUGAAGCGCGAGCGCUCGGAGCGCGAAAUGAAGGAGAAGAUUGAGCGCGCGAAGAACCAGCGAGCGCUGAACGCCCAGAUGGCCGGCUCGACCUUGGGUGACGCGGGGCGCGACGACGUGCUAGACGCCAAGAGCUGGGCACGUAAGCUCGGCAAGCGGAAUAAGAAGCGCGAGGCCGAGCUCGCGGCGCGGAGGCAACGCGAGAUGGACGAGGCAGACCGGAUCGUUUAUGGCGAGGAGGACCUGAUGGGUCUCAAGGUCGCGCACGACACGGAUGCUUUCGUCGAGGGCGAGACGAUCCUCACGCUUAAGGACUCUGGGGUUCUGGAGGAUGGCGAAGACGAACUCCAGAACGUCAACCUCGCCGAUGAGGAGCGGCACGAGGCCGCGCGGGAGCGUAAGCGCAAGGCCGGGCAAGGGUAUACGGGGUACGACGACGAGGAGUUCGAGGAGGGACGGAUAGGGAAGAAGGCGAGCGUGCUGAGCAAGUACGAUGGCGACUUUACCGGUGCCGAAGUUGCGACGGAGGGGUUCCGUCUCGGCGCGCCGGUUAAGCGCGAGAAGACGCCUGACAUGGAUGUCGACAUGGGCCAUGAGGCACAGAUCAAGGUCAAGCUCGACCUAGACUUUGCGCGGGACUGGGAUGUGUCGGACUAUGCCAAGGAAGGAGACGCUGGGUUCAAGAAGCCCAAGAAGAGGCGAGCGAAGAAGUCGACUCGGAGGGCAGAGGUCGAGGAAGACGAUGGAAUGGAGGUAGAACCGACGUUUACGAAGCGUGUGGUCGGUGACGGGCCCGAUAACCUCGUUGACGACGAUGAUAUACAAGCUGCACUUGCGCGGAGUCGGCGGAAGAUCACCAAGAAGAAGCCCAAGGCCAAACCCGAGGACUUGGCUGUAAGGAUUAAGAAGGAGCGCGAGGCCGAGCCGGCGGCGCAGGAGGAUGGCGACGACGACGGUGACGGACUUAUCACGUUUGACGAGACGAGCGAGUUUGUGCGUAACGUCACGACCGAGAGCCGCGCGGCGCCCGUCAAGAAGGAGCGGUCUCGGAGCAUCAGCGCGACGCCUGCACCGCCUGCAACCAAUGGCGAGGCAGUCGUGGUCAAGGUUGAGCGUGUCGACGGAGACGUGGACAUGAGCGACGACGAGGACGAGGACGACUUGCUCGCCGAGAUGGCUGCGCGCGAAGGUCUCUCGUUAGCCGAGUACCGGAUCAAGAUCGACAGCCAGAUGGAGGAGCUAGGCGACAUGGCGAAGGCCCAAGAAGAGCCAGAGCCGGUGAUGGGCAACGGCUUAGGAGGUGUGCUCAACCUACUCCGCAACCAGGGGUCUCUGGAGAAGCAGAGCGAGGCGGACGCAGAACGUGAGCGCCUGCAGAAGCAGCACGACAUGUGGCUCGCCGACCAUCGGCGGCGGCAAGCUCAGCGCGAGCUGGAGCGCAUCGCUGCCCGCGGUGGGAACAAGGACCAGGCGCAGCGAGAGUACGACAACCGGCAGCGCGAGGCUGCGGAAGCGCGCGACGCCCUCGAGGCGUUCAAGCACUACAAGCCUGACGUGUCGAUCAAGUACCACGACGAGCUGGGUCGCGAGAUGAGCGUCAAGGAGGCGUGGAAGAGUCUGUCGCACAAGUUCCACGGCAAGACAAGUGGACGGAUGAAGACGGAGAAACGACUGCGCAAGAUUGCAGAGGAACAGGCAGCGCAGCGCAUGACUGCGGGCGAUACGCCGCUGGGCAUGAGUGAUGCGUUUUCCCGCCGCCAGGCCAAGACGGGCGAGGCGCACAUGGUCCUCUCGGUGGGGAACAAGGGGAGUGCAGCGGGAGUGGGCAAGAAGCGCUAG